AUGGCUACUCCAAUUUUCACGCGCAUACCAUGGCGCACAGUCAGUAGGCUGGGAGUAUCGGCAAAACCAGUCUUCUCGAAUGCCCUUAAAACACCACAAUGUGCGGUUGCACCAUUCACAUCACAGUCUGUUAGAUAUGCAUCGAAUCAACCUGAUGCACCAGAACCUGCCGCUGCAGGAACAGCCUCGAUAACUCCGCCAACAGCAGAACCUGCCGCCGAAGAACCAUCUGACGAAGAUGUCUUCAAUGUCCGUUACCCCCGUAACGUUCAAGCAAUCUACCUCAAGCCCCUCCGCCGCGAAGCCAAAUACGGAGUCCCCUCAUGCGAUCUCCAACUCCGAUCUUACAGUAUUCGUAACCUAGAGUUCUUUUCCGAUUUCGCUCUCCGCGCUGCAUAUUAUCUCAAAUUACCUGCAUACGGCCCUGUACCACUGCCUAGAAUGAUAGAGAGAUGGACUGUACCGAGAUCGCAUUUCGUUCAUAAGAAGAGUCAAGAGAAUUUUGAGAGAAAAACCUUGAGGAGGUUGAUUCAGAUCAAGGAUGGACACCCAGAGACCGUGAGCUUAUGGUUGGCCUUUUUGAGGAAACACGCGUACUACGGGAUAGGAAUGAAGGCGAAUGUUUGGGAGUAUAAUAAGAUUGGCGUGGGUAAAGCUAUGGAUGCUAGUAUGGAGGAGAUGAAGGAAGUCAUGGAGCCACAAUGGGAGUUGUUUGGUAGGGGACAGAGUACUAAGACUGCAGAUAAGGUUCUGGAGAUUUUGAAUAGAGAGAGCUUCAAAGCGGCUGCGGGAGGUAGCGCCCCAGGCAUGAGGCUGCCCACCCCGGCAGAUGCUUCAGAACGUGAAGUCACGAAUUCUGCAAGUUACUGCCCCUCUGAAUCAUGUAUCCAAACGACACCAAAGCACCCGACCCUCCCCGCCCAAAAUAAUUUUUUCCGGUAUCCAGCCCACUGGAAUACCGCAUCUCGGAAACUAUCUUGGGGCAUUGCAAAACUGGGUGCGGUUACAGGAUACAGCGGAAUCGAGUACGAAGUUAUUUUACUCGAUUGUGGAUUAUCAUGCGAUUACGAUACCGCAGAAAAGGGAAGAGCUGAAGCGGUGGAAGAAGGAGAGUUUGGCGACGCUCUUGGCAAUUGGAUUGGAUCCGGAGAGGAGUACGGUCUUUCAUCAGAGUUCUUGAACGAAGCUGAUUUUGUGUGUUUGAAGGUUGCAGCACAUACGGAGUUGAUGUGGAUAUUGAGCUGCACGGCUUCGAUGGGAUACCUGUCUCGUAUGACACAGUGGAAGAGUAAAUUAUCUCUCGAAGAUGAUGCUUCACCAUUAGAUGGUGGCAAUAAAUCGAAGCUCAAGUUGGGCUUGUUUUCGUACCCAGUUCUGCAAGCUGCGGAUAUUUUGGUUCAUAGAGCAACCCACGUUCCUGUUGGUGAAGAUCAAACCCAACAUCUGGAAUUCGCCCGUGAAUGCGCUACAAAUUUCAACCAUGCAUAUGGACCCCAUCUCAUUGCGCCUCAGACUCUCCUUUCCCCAGCAAAACGCGUUAUGUCUCUCCAAACCCCCACCCAAAAGAUGUCUAAAUCGCAUCCCUCCCCAAUAUCCCGCAUCCGCCUUACCGACUCACCCAACACCAUCACCAAAAAAAUCUCAUCUGCCCUGACUGACUCCCAGAACGCCGUUUCUUAUUCACCCUCUGAGCGUCCUGGCGUUUCUAAUCUUCUCACACUAUGGUCAUCAUUUGAUACCCAAAAUCCAAAACGAACACCGGCGCAAAUAGCCGAGGAAUGCAAAGCAAAGAAGUUUACUUUGGGAGACUUGAAGCGGGAAACUGCUAAUGCGGUGAACACGGGACUGGAGCCAAUCAGAAAGAAUUAUGAGAGACUGUUGGGGGAUGAAGGGUAUGUGGAGGAUGUUGCGAGGAAGGGAGGUGUUAAGGCGAGGGAGAAUGCGGAGAGAACUAUGGUUGAAGUUAGAGAGGCAGUGGGAUUCUAG